CGUCAGCUGAUGAUGACCACCCUUUUGCAGGAGCUCCGAUCUGCAUUUCAUUGAUCAGCCCCUGCCCUAUAUACAAUACCGUGGUAGCCGCGAAGUUUUGCGCACAUUGUUUCUGCAAGUUGAGCAUACAUCGUGUGAGCUCCAACUGCGAACACUUUUACGAUGCCGCUCGAAGCAACGAUGCUGGUUUUGGACAACUCAGAGUGGAUGAGAAAUGGCGACUACACGCCCUCGAGGUGGGAGGCCCAGUCGGACGCUGUGAAUGUCCUAUUCAACGCAAAGACCAACUCGAACCCAGAAAACGAAGUCGGCUUGAUGACCAUGGCAGGAAAGAGCCCCGAGGUACUUGUCACGUUAACCAAGGAUAUCGGAAAGCUGCUCACAGCUUUGCACAGCUCGACACUCUCCGGAGCUGCCAACAUUUGCACUGGCAUCAACAUCGCACAGCUUGCACUCAAGCACCGAGAGAACAAGAAUCAGCGCCAGCGGAUCAUCGCUUUCGUGGGAUCUCCCAUUCCAGACGCGCAGGAUAGCUUGAUUAAGCUUGGGAAAAAGCUUAAAAAGAACAAUGUCGCUGUGGACAUUAUCAACUUUGGCGAAAAUGGAGAGAACGAAGAAAAGCUGAGGGCAUUUGUUGAAAGCGUCGACAGUGGCGAGAAUAGUCAUCUGCUCAGUAUUCCGCCAGGACCGCAGCUUCUUUCAGACAUAAUACUCUCAUCUUCUGUGCUGAGCACCGACGUGGGAGGUGCACCCGGAAUUUCGACUGGAGGAGACGGCGGCGCAGGCGGUGAUGGUGGAUUUGACUUUGGGGUCGAUCCAAGUAUGGAUCCGGAGCUUGCAAUGGCCCUACGCAUGUCGCUGGAAGAAGAACAAGCGCGGCAACGGGCGACGGUGCAAUCAUCAUCCGUCAGUGCCGCUCCUGUGUUAAGCAGCGUUGGGGAGGAGCCUCGCACGCGGACAGAGGAUGGUGGCAGUGCGCCAGAACCGGCGCUACUCGCAGGAAGGGGAUCCCUGAUCGUUACGGGUGCAGAAUCCAUUACGGGAGCGGGGAAUGAUGCGCACGACGCCGACGAGGAGGCUAUGCUCGCUCGCGCUCUAGCGCUUUCACAGCGAGUAGAGCCGAAACAGUCAGAAGACGCGGAGAUGGCCGCCGCUACUAGCUCUGCGUUGGACAAGGCCGACUCAAGCAACUCGGAUGACCGCACAGAAUGCAACCCCCAGGAUGACGAUGAGGAAAUGACUGAGGAAGAGGCCAUCGCCCGGGCUAUUGAGAUGAGCUUGCAAAAGAAGGAGUAAUACUGCACAGGAAUAUAAAAGGCGUCCGCACGUGAAGCUCUACUCGACAACAUCUGCACAAAUUGAAUCUGUGCAUUACCGCAGUUGCCUGGCGGUGCCUUUCUGAAGUUGUUCCUAACUCCCUUCCCAAGGCGACUGCAGCCUUUGUAAAGCGCAGGCGUUGCAGCCUUUUAGGUUUUAGCGAGUUGACAGCAUGCUUUUCAAAUGUUUGAAAGCGAGACGGAUAUGGUCACAUUGUUUAGGUGCAAGAUGCGAACACCGGGCUCAAGUUACGUCCACCAGCUGUGACACGAUGCACUGCAGAUGCUUAUUUGAUCGGUUAGGCAUUCAGAGUAAGGCGUAGGACCAUGUGGCAGAACACAGAAUGGUGAAGACGAUAUCAUUGAGAAGGAG